AUGCUGCCCCGUCACCAGCGCGUGCCUUUGCAGCUGCUACAGCAAUCUCUGCGUGCCACCAGUGCUCGCCACAGUAGCGCCACCAUCUUCUCUGCCUCAUCAGCCACUAUCUACACGUCUCACCGUUUGCCAGCGCCGAGUAGACAUCUCGAUCGGUUCGUAUUUCCCACCCAGCAGCACUCGAAGAGCUCUACUCGCACUCUACAGCGCCGAAAUAUCGCUCACGUCCACCAAAAGCCGAAUCCUCCGGUUCCCGUACCUCAGGACGAGUAUGACGAGCUCACGACUUUCUUGGCCGAGCCAGACACCUCAGGCCCUGCGGUGGAGCGAGCCAGAGAGAUCGUAACGAGUUGGAUGCAGCAAUACGUGACAUCCGAUAUGCCCGGCCAAGACGCUACUGUUAUGGUGAUGGUAGCCGACGCAAUGCAAGAUCCUCAAUUCGUGAUGCAGGUGUAUACGCGUCUCCGAGACGCAGGCGUGUCCCCGUCGCCUAUCACGCUCGAGUACUCAGCCGCCGCUUGUGCUCACUUGGGCCAAUGGCAAACCGCAAUCGAGAUCAUUGGCUUUAUGCACGAAUCCGCAGAGAUCACGCAGCCGUCGCUGGAUAUUUACGAGAAUGCAAUUGCUUCGUGUCAUGCGGCAAAGAAAUGGAUCAAAGCCAAGUGUUUGUUGGAAGAGAUGAGGAUAUACAGACUGGAAGCAUCCCCUGAGCUGCACAUAACAUCGAUUAGACUGUGCAUCGACAGUCUGGAGGCUACAGCUACGGAGGUGCUCUUGCAUGCAUUUUUGCGCGCGUAUGAGGGAAAGCUAGAUGCUGAAAAGAUACGGGAAAUUAUCACCGACCUUUUUCACACAGCUCUGGACGCCGAGUCGCUGCCGCAAGCACUCUUCUUGCGUAAUGAGAUGAUGGCACGACAGUAUCAUGUCUCGAAAGAGCUGUAUUCGCGACUCGUUCAUCUGUGCGCUACGAAGCGCCAGUGGCACAAGGCGCGCGUGUUGCUGCAGCAAUUUGUUGACAUCAACGCUCCUCCACCUACGGCUACACCAUCCCAUCGAUACACAGAUGAUAUUCAGUGCUUGUUGGAAGAGAUGCAGACAAACAACAUCGACGUCCCGCUGGCGGUGUACAAUGCUGCAUUGAGAAAUUUUGGUCAAAUAGCUUUGACUGACGAUGCUUUGUCUGUGUACAAGAGCAUGCGAAAUCGUCAAGUGACGCCUGAUGCUGUAUCAUUUGCGGCGCUGAUAUGUUCCUGUGGCACCAAAGUAGAGCAAUCGGAGGAUUUGUUUCGUGAGCUGCAACGUAGCAAUUGCCAUCCUACGCUAGAUGUCGUGCACGCAUACUUGCUGGUUCCUAGUCGCGCAAAGGAGUGGGAAGAAGUGCGUCGACGAUAUGCGCUUGUGCGUGAUGAAGGGCCGCUGUACACGGUUCUACCAUUGGAGUCUGAUGUGCGAAUCCAGUCGCUCGUUGCUGUAGCUUAUGGACGAGUCAAUCGCUCGGAAGAAAUGCUUCGCAUCUUUACAAGCAUGAAGGUCAAGGGUUUGGAACCCAAUCUGCAUGUGUAUGGCGAAGCGCUGUUGGCAUAUAUUCGCCAAGAUCAAUGGCGUCAUGCGCUCAUGCUGUUCGACCACAUUUUUCAGCAACAGACGCUAGAAAUGCGAGAGCAGCGGAAGCUCGAAACGUUUCCAACGCUGUGGGACGCUGCAGUGUUGGCCUGCGAGAAAGGUGACCAGAUUGAGCGUGCAACAAUGCUCUACGACACCAUUAUCGAGCAGCGCGUUCCGAUUUCAAUGGCAACAGGGGAGCGUCUCGCCGCGAUGCUAACCAGUGUUCCAUCCGAGACGUUGUGGAGGUCGUUUAAAUUGAUUCCGUCGCUCCAUCGAACAAAGACGAAGAGUCAUUUGAACCCGCGCGCACUAAACGCUGUGCUCAAGCGCGCUGUGGAGAACAACGAUAGCAAUUUGGCCGAGCAAAUUGUGACUGACGGGACGCAAGAGAUGGGAAUACUUCCCAACUCCAUGACGUUUGCUCUGAUGCUUCGUUUGUAUGCAAGCCGGGAGGACCAAGAGAGCUUUCAUUUGUGGUGGUGCAAAAUGGAUGGAGGCAAAGUGAAGCCGACGUUGUUCGUGUUUCGUGCGCUGAUGCAUCAAUUGAGCAACUUGAGUCACGAGUGUGAAAACGUAGUGUACCUCAACGCUAUCGGAGACUUCCUGCGCAAAUAUGAGCCCAGAAACUCGGCCACCGAUAGUGCGAAUUUCAAGAACACAAAGGAGUACGUCGCACAUCUUGGUCGUACUGUAUUGGACAUUAUGGAAGCCCGUGGCAUUGGAUCGGACACUAUAUGUCUACAGAACUAUCUGCUACUCAGUCAAGACCCAGAUCAUGUCAUCCGAGCUCUUGUGCUUGUGGAAGACGCGGUGUCGGCAACAAGCAAGCGUGAUGAAAGCGUCGGCCAGGAUUGCGUCCAUCUCACAUCGCGGUUGUUGCACACGCUGUUCACAGCUUUGGAUAACUCUUUUCCGGACGGCCAGCGCAUACGCAAACUAAUGGUAAAUAUCGUGAAGGACCUACCGAACGAUCUCUCGGAGGAUGCGGUCGCUGCUUACUGCGCAGCGAACGAUGGGUACAACGCGUUGCAGCUUCUACGGGAGCUAUUGGAUGUAAGAUGCCGCUUAACCGACGAGCACGUGUUGUUCUUUCUUACGAACUGCUACACGUGCGAGUCAUCGUCUCCAGCCUCCGAAGAUUCGCGCCCAAGGAGCGCGAAUGGCAUGAUAGUGGACAUGGCCUCGCUACUGUGUGCGAGCGAGACUGUGACGAUGGAGGCAGGUUGCCUGGCCUUUCUGAUUCAGCAUAUUGUGGACCUUUCCAAGUGGCAACAGCGAGACGGUUUUGAAGUAUCGACGCAAGAGGAGACGCACGCGAUGAAGAAGCUAUUGGUACGUGCAUUCGCGCACUUUUCGAUCCCUCAGGUGACGGAGUUCCUAUCAAAGGUAAUCGCUCGCGAUGAUCUUGUCCAUGUGACAAGCAUCAUUGACGAGCUGCAAGGAGUCUAG